AUGGCGUCUCGCCCUGCUGACAGCUCAGACAUACCAGUUCCCAGCACGCCGAUGAUGCAGAAGCCCACCAUGCCGAAGCGCCAAGGCUACUGGGCGCACAUCGUCGAUAAAAAUACCAUAGGCACGCGCGGAGAGCUAUGGGUCCCGUUGCAGCUCCUCGCCAUCAUUCUCGUCUUCUUCCCACUUCCCGAUUGGCUCGUCUCAGAAAAGCUCCGCCUGCCGCUGUCCUUCUGCGCGUCUCAAUCCGUCCGCGAGGGCGCGUUCGUGGCGGGAGUGCCGCUGCUCGUGCUGAGCGUGUAUCUUGGCCUCGCGUCGUUCAACGACCUUGCAGGAAGCUUCUCGCCCUUCCCCAAGCCGCGCACGGACGGCGCUGGGCUCAAGACGGGCGGGGUGUACCGCUUCGCGCGCCACCCCAUGUACGCCGCCGCCGUGCUGCUCUCCGCCGCCGUCGCGUGCGUGACGGGCAGCACGGCGCGGCUGCUGGCGGCGUGCGCCAUGGCGGCGGUGCAUGACGCCAAGGCGCGCGUGGAGGAGAGGCACCUGAGGGAGCGGUUCGGGGAGAGGUACCUUGCCUAUAUGAAGAGGGUGAAGCGGUUCGUGCCGUUCAAAAUUGCAUAA